AUGGCACCGUCAGUCCUCGAGACAGAGCCGAAUGUCGCCGGCCAGCCGGUUGAAGGACAAACCGAAGCCGUCAAGGCAGCUGCUACGCCAAGGCUCCUGAGGGAACCCCUCCAGCUGAAAGGGGUGCUGGAUCAGUACGAGCACUUUGACGUCACGCCCAUCAUUGGCACGGAAUUUCCCACGGCCAACCUAAAGGAAUGGCUGCGUGCGCCCAACUCGGACGAGCUCCUCCGGGACCUGGCCAUCACGGUCUCCCAGCGAGGCGUCGUCUUCUUCCGCCGCCAGGACGACCUGGACAACAACCUGCAGAAAGAACUGGCCGACCGGCUGGGCAAGCUGGCCGGCAAGCCGAGCACGUCAGGCCUGCACAUCCACCCGGUCAGCAACUCUGCGCGCGAGUACGGCGACAAGGACGACGAGAUCAGCGUCAUCAGCUCAGAGGGGGCCAAGAAGCUGUACAAGAAGCCGCUGUACCAGACCAAGCAGAGCUCCAAGGAGGGCUGGCACAGCGACAUCACCUUUGAGCCGGUGCCCAGUGACUAUGCCAUUCUGCGGUUGACGCAGCUGCCCAAGACUGGAGGAGGUAAAAUCGCCUACCAUCAAUCCUAUUUAUACCUUGUUUGUUAUUGGCAAGAAACUGAUAUCUACGACCGCAUCUCCAAGCCCUACCAGAAAUUCCUCGAAGGGCUGACCGCCACCUUCGCGCAGCCAGCCUUCAACCAGAGCGCCAAGGAGAACGAGUUCCAGCUGUACACGGCACCCCGGGGCGCGCCCGAGAACGUCGGCGACGAGCUGACGGCCGUGCACCCGGUGGUGCGCACCAACCCGGUGACGGGCUGGAAGAGCAUCUUCGCCGUGGGCCACCACGCGCAGCGCAUCAACGGCCUGACGGAAGAGGAGAGCGACCACUUGCUGAAGUGGUUUGUGCGGUUGAUUGUGGACAACCACGAUCUGCAGGUGCGGUUCCGCUGGCAGAACAAGAAUGAUCUUGCAAUCUGGGACAACCGCAGCGUCUACCACACCGCGACGUACGACUACGAGGGUCUGGGUCCCCGAACGGGCCAGCGAGCCGUCAGUCUGGGAGAGAAACCGUAUCUGGACCCGAACAGCACCGGAAGACGUGAAGCCUUGGAGCGGGCUGCUGCUGCUGCUGCUAAGAAGACUGCUACUGCGUCUUCGUAA